AUGAGUGAGCUGGAACAGUUACGGCAGGAGGCAGAGCAGCUGCGAAAUCAAAUCAGAGAUGCAAGAAAAGCAUGUAGCGACACAACUCUUGCUCAGAUCACAACAAGUCUGGACUCAGUGGGUCGAAUUCAAAUGCGAACAAGGCGCACACUUAGAGGUCACUUAGCCAAAAUCUAUGCUAUGCACUGGGGAUCGGACUCAAGGCUACUAGUCAGUGCUUCUCAAGAUGGAAAAUUAAUUAUUUGGGAUAGUUACACAACAAAUAAGAUGCACGCCAUCCCUUUGAGAUCCUCCUGGGUGAUGACUUGUGCGUACGCACCAUCUGGAAACUACGUUGCCUGUGGUGGAUUGGACAACAUCUGUUCCAUAUACAACUUAAAAACCAGAGAGGGCAAUGUGAGAGUGAGCCGAGAGCUGCCAGGGCAUACAGGUUACUUGUCCUGUUGUCGCUUUCUGGAUGACAACCAAAUUGUCACUAGCUCAGGAGACACCACUUGCGCUUUGUGGGAUAUUGAAACUGGUCAACAGACCACCACAUUCACUGGGCAUACUGGUGAUGUGAUGAGUCUCUCCCUAAGUCCGGAUAUGAGGACUUUUGUUUCGGGUGCCUGUGAUGCCUCCUCGAAGCUUUGGGAUAUUCGAGAUGGAAUGUGCAGACAGUCGUUCACAGGGCAUGUGUCGGAUAUUAAUGCAGUUUGUUUUUUCCCUAACGGACAUGCAUUUGCCACUGGAUCUGACGAUGCCACUUGCCGACUCUUUGACCUACGUGCCGAUCAGGAAUUAAUGCUGUACUCCCACGACAACAUCAUCUGUGGGAUCACUUCUGUAGCCUUCUCGAAAAGUGGCCGCCUCUUGCUAGCAGGUUAUGAUGACUUCAACUGCAACGUGUGGGACACUCUGAAAGGGGAGAGAGCAGGUGUCCUUGCUGGCCAUGACAACCGUGUGAGCUGUUUAGGAGUUACUGAUGACGGCAUGGCUGUAGCUACAGGAUCUUGGGACAGUUUUCUCAGAAUCUGGAAUUAACUGGGAGCCAAACAUGUACAUUCUCCAUUUGAGAUCUGGAGAGAUCAAUGCUGCAGCCUAUAGCUGUGAAAUAACAUUUCUACCUUGUAUUUGCAGGUGAAGUUUUUCUAUUCACUGAUUAUUACAUAAAAAGGCUUUCUGUAAACUAGAAAAAAAAAUCAAGUGAAGAAAUAGGGGAGGGGGGAAGAAAUCACUGACUUUUUAAAAGGGGCCAGCACACAUAAUCAUGGUGACCGACAAACUA